CUCCCGUAAAUUUAAAUGCGUGUUAUGCAACAUCAUCAUAUAUGUCGAAAGGACUGAAGCCUGUCAACCAAAACAUGAGCUCAUUGAUAUAAUUAAAUGAGUCUGCUUUUUUAUUCCAUCCACUACUUGGUCAGGCUUCCAUAAAUAUUUAGUUCAUAUGUAGGGUUACGUUCGACCUAAGAUUAAUGGUGCAACGCUCAAAUAUUUAGUAGUGCGUAAAUAGUGACUUAGUGACCAUUUACGCCACAACUAGGCUAAGUUGUAACGUACGUAUAGCUCGUGCAACUGGCCCCUGACCUCUUGGAACUUUAAUUGAGUACCCCUGCUCUAGUGCCCAAUGGUCAACAGAUGUAGAAAAGAAGUCCCGCCUUACAGGUAAAAGAGCCAAUCACCUUUUAGAGAUACAUGCUGCAUCGGAAUAUCCAUACUUCACAAAUAUAUAGUAUGCCAAAAACAGUAUGCCAAUGGAGUAGUAUGUCCGAAUCCACAGUAUUCAUGAAGCAGUAAGGGAGAAGUACCCGGAUGACCUAGUAUUUCCGGUGAGAUGCUGAAGUGCAGAUCGACUGGACACUUAACAAUCCCAUAAUCCCUCAGGAGCUGUGGCGACGUCACGUUCAAAGCGCUGGAUUUAAAAGAACGGCGGUGAAUCGCGAGUCGGACGGCUCUUCUCAACUGAAGUGCUAUAAAUACCAAGAUAACUGUUCCCUGUGCUUAAAUGGUGCUUGUUUAACAAAGCCUGAGCGGAUAGUUUUCGUGGUUGUUGUUCUUACGUCAUAUAUUCGGGUCACGAGACAAUGCCCACAUACCCGGAUGAAGUAUGUCCGAAAUCUAUGAUGCCUUCAGGUAAACUUGGAAUUCCAUGAAAGCUCCGACUUGACUGUCGUGACGUCAUUUGAAAAGAACCAAUAUGGCAGCGGCCUCAACAGUUGAAGGAAGUGAACAUAUUUCUGUUUAAUAUACUAUUUUAUUAUGCCACUGAUACCUGGAUCAUUUCUUUUUGUUCUUAAACAUUUUGCAAAAACAUAUAGUUGUGAAUUAAUGAAGUGAUACAUUUUACUGCUAUUAACAACAAAGCCGUUUUGGCGUUAGAAGUGUUGCCAUAGAAGGUCUGAGGAUGUGAACGGCUCAGAGUAGAACCUCAUAGUUGCCAUCUCGUAAUUACAGUAAUUCCGACAUUAGGUGAAUGCACCACUAUUUAUACUACUCGCAUGAAUACCUAAAAGAAGUACUGUUUUGCCGGCAGAUAAACGCGCCCUUCAUCAUAUACAUUACACAUUGUAACAGCAGCCUACGCGGUUUCGGACGCAGACAUGACAUCAACUCGCGCAUGCGCAUUAGCUAUACAAGCCGUGAAAAUUGCGUGUUUUAGCAUAAUAUGAGGUAAAGAAGCACAAUUUAUGAUUUCAAUAUUAUCAGAUUUUAUUGCUGAUUUGAAAUGUGUUCUUUGAUCGUAAUAUUGACCAACCGUUUUUGACAAUUCGGUGUUCCCCCAAUCAAGUAGGUAGGAGCUGCACUGGCAUGACUGGAAAUUGCCUCCCGAGAUCGUUCCAAAGAUGGCCGACAGUGGACUGACUCGCUUGAGAGACUUUGGUAGCAGUGUGCCAGAUAAAGCAGCAGUUGUUUGAAUUCGAAAGUAGGCGUGUGCGAAGGAUUAUGACAUCAGCAGCAAACAGAUCACAGCGCGUUCCAUCACAGCGAGCGAACAUGUUUAAAAGUUUCAGUGGCUUGUAGUUUUGUGCGUCGAUGCUAUGUCCGUUCCGCGCGAAACACAACAGGAUAAACUGUUUUAUUUUUUCAUUUUGGCGUGAUACAAAUUCGUUCCUACGCACUGACCUUUUGGAGCUCGAAUGCAGAAUAUCGCGUAGGAGUCGCUUUGCGCGCGGUAAAGAGUUGCUGUCUGCCUGUUUUCCUUCAUCGCUAAAUGGAGUCACGGGUCGAAUUCAGUCGUGAGGAGAUAAACGGCACGAUAUGGGAAGUUCCCGAGAAGUACAUUUGCUUGAAGCAGAUCGGAACGGGAGCGUAUGGCAGUGUAUGCUCAGCCAUCAACAAUAAAACCAAAGAGAAGGUGGCUAUCAAGAAAUUACACCGGCCUUUUCAGUCGGAGAUCUUUGCGAAGAGAGCGUAUAGAGAACUAAGGCUCCUCAAGCAUAUGAAACAUGAAAAUGUGAUAGGCCUGCUAGACGUCUUCACUCCUGCCUUGAGACUUGACAAUUUCCAAGACUUCUAUCUGGUGAUGCCAUACAUGUACACGGAUCUCUCCAAAGUCAAGGGCCCCCUCUCAGAAGACCGUGUACAGUUCUUGGUCUAUCAGAUGCUGUGUGGACUAAAGUAUAUUCAUGGUGCUGGCAUCAUUCACAGAGACCUCAAACCAGGAAACCUGGCUGUGAACCAAGAUUGCGAGCUGAAGAUCUUGGAUUUUGGCCUGGCACGUCACGCAGAGGCUGAGAUGACAGGUUACGUAGUGACGCGGUGGUACAGGGCCCCUGAGGUCAUUCUAAACUGGAUGCACUACACGCAGACAGUGGAUAUCUGGUCUGUUGGCUGCAUCAUGGGUGAAAUGUUCAAUGGAAAAACACUCUUUAAAGGCAAAGACUACAUGGAUCAAUUGACUCAGAUAAUGAAAGUAACAGGGACACCAGGUCCAGAAUUCAUUGAGAAACUAGAAAGCCCAGAGGCAAAAAGCUACAUCAAAUCUCUGCCCCACUACCCACGCAAAGAUUUCUCUGCAUUGUUUCCCAGAGCCAGUAAAAAAGCGGUAGAGCUGCUUGAGAAGAUGCUGGUGUUAGAUGCUGAUGUUCGACUCACUGCUGAUGGUGCAUUGGCACACAGUUUUUUUGAUGGCUUAAGGGACCCAGAAGACUGGACAGAGCCGACAGCGUAUGAUAACAGCUACGACAAUGCCACAUUGCCCUUAGAAGAGUGGAAAUGUUUGUCAUUUAAAGAAGUGAGAAGCUUUGUUCCAUUCCCAAGAAGAGACUCAAAGAGAAGAAACACACUCACAAUGACUUAGUGAUAGUGUGCUUGCCAUUAAAGCAAUAGUUCAACCAAAAAUGAAAAUUCUCUCAACAUUUACUCACCCUCAUGCCAUCCCAGAUGUGUAUGACUUUUUUUGCUAAACACUGUCGAAGACUUUUAAAAGAAUGUCUCAGUUCUGUAGGUUCAUUCAAAGCAAGUAAAUAGUGGCCAGAACUUUGAAUGUCCAAAAAGCACAUAAAGGCAGCAUAAAAUCCUACGACUCCAGUGGUUAAUCUAUGUCUUCAGAAGCGAUAUGAUAGGUGUGGGUGAGAAACAGAUCAAUAUUUAAGUCCUUUCUUACUGUAAAUCUCCACUUUCACUCCCACAUUUUUAUUCUUUAGAUUUUUUGUGAUUCGCAUUCUUCGUGCAUAUCACCUCCUACUGGAUAGGGAGGAGACUACAUAUUGAUCUGUUUCUCACCCACACCAUGUCAUAUCGCUUCUGAAGACAUGGAUUUAACCACUGGAGUAGUAUGAAUUACUUUUAUGCUACCUUUAUGUGCUUUUUGUACCUUCAAAUUUCUGGCCACUAUUCACUUGCAUUGUUUGCACAGACAGAGCAGAGAUAUUCUUCAAAAAAUCUUUGUUUGUGUUCUGCAGAAGAAAGAAAAUCAUACACAUCUGGGAUGGCAUGAGGGUGAGUAAAUGAUGAGAGAAUGUUCCUUUUUGGGUGAACUAUCCCGUUCAUGGUGCACUGUAUUACAAUGAUACAAUUAGGCCUUCCAUCUCUGCCUUGGAACAAUUUAGAGUGUAUAUUCACUCCUAAAAACUAUAUAUAAAUUGCAGUAUUUUGUAAAUGUUGUAUUUCUGGGCCCAUUUUAUUUUGAUUUAGUGAUAACUGUCCUUCAUUUAUUGCCAGUGUGCAUAGCACAAUAAAAGGAUAGUUCACUCAAAAAUGAAAAGCCUUUCAUCAUUUACUCACCCUCAUGUUGGGUGAAAUAAUUUCAAAUUUUAGACACUAGUGAACAUUCUGCUAAAUAUCCCCUUUUGUAUUUCUAAAAAAAUAAUUUGGGUUUUGGGGUGAACUAUCCCUUAAGUGCUAUUAUCAGGUUAAAAAAAAAUGCUCUACAAAGAACUGUCACAUUGUCAUGUAUUUUAGUGUUAUGGGUCUUAAAGUUCAAACAAAAUGAACAUAUUUCACAUUUGGGAUACAUAAAUAUAUACAGACCAAAUACAGAUUGUAUACAGUAUAAUGAACUGCAAAAACAAUGCAUUUUAUUAUUUUGUUAGUUUACUUAAGCUUUUUAGAGUUCAGUCAAACACUCGAAAGCUUCAGUAUUGUGAGAUGUUUACCUAUAAUUAAGGCUCGUUUUAGCUACCAUCAGAACCUUUGAAAGGUGUGACAGAAUGUUUUGCUUGGAGGAAAAGGUAAAUGAAGGGAUAGAUAGGCCAUGACAGAUGGCAACAUGGGAGAACCUGAGGGCACAUCAAGGUUUUAGUAGCACUACGGUGUGAAAUGUAGAGGCCCAUUCAGUCCUUUUAGUUUUUCUACAGAGCCUGUCUUUAUCUCUGUUGUUACAAAAUGUGGGAUGUUUUUAACUGACAUAAAAGCCUACAACUUA